CACGGAGUUGCGAUCAAACCUCGUUUGUUUAUAUACUUGUUCCUCGUCUCCUGUUGAAUUGAUUUCUCUCCUUCAGCUGGUAGAUUUCUGGGAAAAGCAGAGAUCUUCACUUCAAUUGCUCUUUUUCCAGGUAAAUCUGUUGAUUCCGCGUGUUCUCGAUCCUUUUUCAAUUGUGCAUAAACUGUGAAACCGAACCAAUUGCGGAAAGCUAAGGAAAUCAGAGGAUGGAUUUGAAAAACCAGAAUUUUCAGAUUUUCAUUCAAUCCCCGGACCUCAAAAUCCCAACCCGGGCCAUAAAUUUCGAAUCCCCGAACCCUGGUUUCACCAUUAAAGACCUCAAAGCAUUCAUCUUUUCCAAAACCCUAACCCUAAUUCAGGACUCUGCCUAUUUCACCUUGAAUGGGAAAUUACUCCCAGAUUCUACUCCUGUAAAAAGUUCCCUUAUUGCCCCUCUCUCUACCUUGACCCUGCGCCUCCGCUUCCUCGGUGGAGGUGGCGAUGGCGGAGCCACCGGGGCCGAGUCCCGUGACUGUUAUCUUAAGAUGUAUGCUGAGAAGAAGCCCGACAAAAUUGACCCUAAUGAGGUUAGGUUGUCCAAGUGGUUGAAUUGUACAUUGUCAAAUGAGCCUUUGAAGCAUCCCGUGGUGAUCGAUAAGCUCGGGAAUUUGUUUAACAAGGAGGCCUUGGUCCAAGCCUUGUUGAAGAAACAAGUGCCUAAACAGUUUGCUUACAUAAAGGGGUUGAGAGAUAUGAUUCCAAUUGAGUUAUCAGCUAUCCCGGGUAUGGAAGAUAGUGACUUGGGUGGCGUGACAAGGUUUCAAUGCCCUAUCUCGGGGUUAGAGUUCAAUGGGAAAUAUAAGUUCUUUGCACUUAGAACUUGUGGGCAUGUUUUCAGUGCCAAAGCUUUGAAAGAGGUGAAGUCUUCAGCUUGUUUGGUCUGUCACAAGGAGUUCAUGGAGAAUGACAAGAUUGUGAUAAAUGGGAAUGAAGACGAGGUUGCAGCAUUGAGGGAGAGAAUGAUGGAGGAAAAUGCAAAAUUUAAGGAUAAUAAGAAGUUGAAGAAGGGGAAGAACGGGGAUGUAGCUGUAAAUGCUGAGGGUGUUGAAGUUACGCGCUUGAGUGGGGCAAAACAUGGGAUUGAGGAUAAUAAGGUUGCAGAGAAAGGGAAAUCAGAGGUGAAUAGGAAAAAUAAUCCUAAUGGUAAGAUAGAAGUGAAGAAUGUUAACAAUGGUGCAAGUAAUGGAUCAGGAAAGCGAUUUAAGGCUGGUGAUAAUGUACCAGUUAAUGCUACCAAGGAGGUGUAUGCAUCUAUUUUUACAUCAUCCAGGAAGUCUGAUUUCAAGGAGACGUAUUCUUGUCGGUCAUUGCCACUUGGAAGAAACUAAUGAGUUCUUGGGAUGUAUCUCUCACAGUUCUCUUGUCAUGCCAAGUAUGUAAACUGUGACUUUAAAUGGUAUGCCCCGUAGUGACACACAGCCACUUUCUGUGUAGUGGUAUUUGCUUGAUGUAAGAAUUAAGAUUGUUGCUAGUGACUGUAUUUGUAUUUUAUAAUGGUUACUUAAUACCAAUGUUGCUUCUGCAAGUUUUGAUUUUUA